CCGGGCCGCCUUGGUCCCCUGUGCUCCUCCCCGCUCGCCGCCGCCGCCGCACGCCCCCACCGGGCCGGCCUUUCCUCUCCGCGGCGGCGGCUUCCGCCCCGCGUCGCUGCGCAACCGGAGGAAACGGAAGAAGGCGCAAGCCAUGGAGGGGAACCGGGAUGAGGCGGAGAAAUGCGUGGAGAUCGCCCGGGAGGCCCUGAACGCCGGCAACCGCGAGAAGGCCCAGCGCUUCCUGCAGAAGGCCGAGAAGCUCUACCCGCUGCCCUCGGCCCGCGCACUAUUGGAAGUAAUUAUGAAAAAUGGAAGCACGGCUGGGAAUAUUCCUCACUGCCGAAAACCGUCGGGCGGUGGUGACCAGAGCAAGCCUAACUGCACAAAGGACGGCACGCCGGGUGGUGGCGACGGCGGAAAAGGCUACACCAAAGACCAAGUAGAUGGAGUUCUCAGCAUAAACAAAUGUAAAAAUUACUAUGAAGUACUUGGAGUUACGAAAGAUGCUGGUGAUGAAGAUUUGAAAAAAGCUUAUAGAAAGCUUGCUUUGAAGUUUCAUCCAGACAAAAACCAUGCACCUGGAGCAACAGAUGCUUUUAAAACAUUUACUUCAGGUACUGUACAUUCAUUUUCAAAUGGACGAGCUGGUUAUAGCCAUCAACAUCAACAUCGACACAGUGGACAUGAGAGAGAAGAAGAAAGAGGAGAUGGAGGUUUUUCUGUGUUUAUCCAGCUGAUGCCCAUUAUUGUAUUGAUCCUCGUGUCAUUAUUAAGCCAAUUGAUGGUCUCUAAUCCUCCUUAUUCCUUAUAUCCCAGAUCUGGAUCAGGGCAAACCAUUAAAAUGCAGACAGAAAAUUUGGGUGUUAUUUAUUAUGUCAACAAGGACUUUAAAAAUGAAUACAAAGGAAUGUUAUUACAGAAGGUAGAAAAGAGUGUGGAAGAAGAUUAUGUGACUAAUGUUCGAAAUAAUUGCUGGAAAGAAAGACAACAAAAAACAGAUAUGCAGUAUGCAGCAAAAGUAUACCGUGACGAUCGGCUCCGAAGGAAGGCAGAUGCCUUGAGCAUGGACAACUGCAAAGAAUUAGAGCGGCUAACCAGUCUUUAUAAAGGAGGAUGAACUGGAAUUUUAUUUAUACCUUUUACUCUAUUUUUUCUGUAAGUUUAGUAUCAUCACGAGAGAUGAAGACAAAGAUUUGAUAUUAAAAACUUACCUGAGUGGUUGGUUCCCAAGCUCUUGGACUGUUUAUGACCCACUGGCUCCUUUAAAUAGUAAGAACUGAAAACUAAAAUUAAUAUUUUAGUUAUGCUUCUGCAAUGAUUUUCAUUUCAAAGCUUAUAUGAUUCCUAACUACAAAUGUCUUGAGAGAGGAUUGUCACACCUGUAGCAAUUUCCAGUUUUAGUGAUUCUCCAUCUUUUCCCUUGUCGUGUAAAUAUUUACGGAAUGUUCAUUUUGUGUACAUAAAGUUUAUUGCCUUUUUAUUUAAAUUCUUUUAGUGUUUAGCUCCAUGAGACACUUCAGUUUAAAUUAAUGGAAUAAAUGUUAUAUGAUACAAUUACAUUUUCUUUGUUAAGGUGUCAAAUAUGUGGAGUUUAAACAAAGAAACUUUUUCAAAAAGAAAAACACCGUUUAACUUUCUGUAAAAUCUUAUAGCAUUAUCAGCUUAGAGGGAAUUGAUAUUUUUCAUAUUGCCGUUAUAUUCCAAAAUAUAUAUUGAGAUAAAUGAACUGGUGUAGAGUAUCAGUUUACUAUUUAGUUUUAUGAAUUGCUAUACAUAUACAUGCAUAGAAAUGAAAUGUUAUACUGAUAGAUUUUAAUAAAGAAAAUAUGAGGAAAUGGCUAUAAAUAUUAAAUUAAAAGGGUCUUCGACAGUAAAGUGCAGUUCUGCCAUUUGCAAUUCCAGUAAUUAAAAGGCCUCCAAAUGUUCAUGUAUAUGUCUUUGAAGGCGGCUAAAAUUUAUUCUUUAUAAAGAGGACCCACCUAAUUUUUCCCCCAUGGAAAUUUACAAUGUCUUAGUGAUCAUUUAAGCAGGAUCCAAAAAUAAAUGUGUUCUUUUACAAAUAAGUAAUAAGAAAAAUUAUUACUAAAAUAAAGCUUUGUGCCUUUUAACCCUAUUGCCAACUUUUAAACAUAUAAAUAGAUCACAGUAUCUGGCUGGCCACAUGUAAUAGUAAGCAGGUAGCAUAGUAAUUUAAAGCAAGUCAUCCUUAAAAAAUUCUGAGCUAAAAUCUACUCACCAUUGAAUAAUUCAAGUAAUCCUAUAGGAAUAAGCUCCUUGUAACUAAAUCCAGAU